AUGAAGUCAUUUGUAGCGGUCUUGGCAUCUUUGGCGGUGGUCAGUGCCGGAGGCGGUUAUUUGCCUGGUGGCAGACAUGGCGGCGGUGGUUUUGGUGGUCAUUCAGCUGGCAGUUUUGCUGGAGCUGCAAGCAGUGCUCAUAGUGGUGGUUUUGGUGGUUCUGUCUCCAGACAUGCCAGUGCUGGUCAUGGUUCAUUUGCUGCUGCCCCUGUUGCUUUGUAUUCGGCACCCAAAGUUUCUUAUGGAGGAUCUGGAGGCCAUGGUGGUGGUUUAGGAGGCGGCUAUGGCGGAGGCCAUGGUAGUGGUUUGGGAGGCGGCUAUGGCGGAGGCCAUUCUGUGGGUGGAGGAUAUGGCUCUGGUGGUGCCGGAGGUUAUGGAGGAUCUAGCGGUUAUAGCUCCGGUGGUUUAAGUGCCUAUGCUGGUAAAUCAUCUGGCAGCUUUGGUGGUGUAGGCGGUCAUGGCGGUCACGGAUCUGGCGGUUAUGGCUCUGGAGGCCAUGGCGGUUAUAGUUCUGGAGGUGCUGGAGCUUGGGCUGGCAAAUCUGCUGGCAGUUUUGGAGGACUUGGUGGAUAUGGCUCCGGCGGUGCUGGCGGUUAUGGCUCUGGUGGUGCUGGUGUAUGGGCUGGCAAGUCUUCUGGAAGUUUUGGUGGACUUGGUGGUUAUGGUUCUGGUGGUGCUGGUGGCCAUGCUGGUAAAUCCUUUGGCGGUGCUGGUGGUUAUGGUGCCGGUGGUGCUGGCGGUUACGGUUAUGGGGGUGCCUCUGCAUCAUCUUCUGCCUCUUCUGGUUGGUGGAAACAGUAAUAAAGUAUUAUUUUUUAAAACAAGCAUAUUAUGUAAACGAUUUGUAAAUGACAAUUGUGAUCUCUGAGAAAUAAAGUAAACAAAUAAACAAAUUUUCAAUUCAA